ACCUGAGGAAGAAAAGAAAACAAAAUUUUGGAUUUUAAUUGUAAUCAUAAUUUUCUCUUAGUUUAUUAAUUGUUUAAUUAAAAUGUUCACGUAGAGAAUUUAUUGUGAAACUUGAGUUGAGAUUUUCUAAGAAUAAAUCUAGUGAAUUAAAGUUGAACGAAGAACCUUUUUUGCCCUGAGAGUUAAACAGGGAAAAGGUUUUGAUUGACUAAAGAAAAUCAAAAAUGAGAUGAUUGAUGUGAUUUGAUUUUAAAUCGCCACUGAUUUUAUACUUAAUUGUUCAUUUGAUUGCCAUACAAUAAUUUACACAGUCUACUCUUUAAAACCAUCGUUCAUUUAAUUCAGAGAUCCAGUCAAUUAUCAUUCUUCUGGUUUGAUUUUCAUCAAAAGCUGAAUCGCUCUUGCCAUUUAUUAUCAUUGACACAAUUAAUUCUUAACCAUUUUAUAUCUUCACUGUGAUCACUUUUGCAAUAACCAUUGGUCUCAAAAUUAAAGAUGAUACAAGAAAAUCAAUCAUCUGUUGGUCAGUCAAGUUCACAUUCCAUUCAAAAUGAAGCCAAAAAGAUUAUGUUGACCAGUGGACAAGAGGAAAUAUCAAAUUCAUCAAAAGUUGUCACAUCGUUGAUCGCCGGUGCAGUCGCUGGUGGAUUAGCUAAAACAAUUAUUGCUCCACUUGACAGGACAAAGAUUAACUUUCAGAUUAAAAAUAUACCAUUUAGUUUUCAUGAAGCUUAUAAGUUUAUUGUGAUAUCUUACAAAGAGUCCGGAUUAACCAGUCUAUGGAGGGGAAAUUCAGCCACCAUGGCUCGGGUUCUGCCUUAUGCUGCCAUUCAAUAUACAUCACAUGAACAAUUAAAGCGAUUACUUGGAGUUGAGACAAAUGAAGAUAAACGAAAACAUCCUAUCCGGAGUUAUAUCGCUGGAUCUCUUGCUGGAGUAAUUUCAACUUCUUUAACUUAUCCACUAGAUUUGGCCAGAGCUCGAAUGGCUGUUACUCAUAGAGAAAAAUAUAAUUCACUUGGUGCCGUAUUUCGUAAGACAAUUAAACGCGAAGGAUUGACCGCUGUUUACAAAGGUUAUUUUCCAACCUUAUUUGGAGUUAUACCUUAUGCUGGAACGAGUUUUUUCACUUACGAAACUUUAAAGAGGUUACAUCAUGAUUACUAUGGACCAGCUGAUCCACAUCCAUUGGAGCGUUUAGUGUUUGGUGCAAUCGCUGGUUUACUUGGACAAUCGGCUUCAUAUCCUUUGGACAUUGUUAGAAGACGAAUGCAAACUCAACCCGGUUCGAUGACAAUUUUCGGUGUACUUAAUAAGGUUUUCGUUGAAGAAGGGAUAAUCCAUGGAUUAUACAAAGGUCUCAGUUUAAAUUGGGUUAAAGGUCCAAUAGCUGUUGGAGUUAGUUUUACAACCUUCGAUUUGGUUACUAAAUUUUUAAGAGAUUUAUCCUUUUUUACUGGAUUCUAAGGAAUAGACAGUAACGAUCAAGUGUUUGAAUUGAUCAUCGAUGGAAAAGACAAGAUUAAUUACCGACAAUAGUUGAAAUGGGAAAUGAAACUUCAAACAUUAUUACCAUAAUAUCAUCAAAAUUAUUAUCGCCUUUUUCUUGUCUUUCCUUUACUACCUAAGACUAAUCAUUAAUAACUUGUAAGAUUUACAUGAACGUUAUCCUUCAAUCUGAAACCAAUUGUUAUUAUAUUCAUUAUAUUUUGAUGAUUCACAAAUUAUACAUUUGGCAAAAUCCUUUGUUGAUAUUGUUGACUUAA